CGAAGCAGCACGACUGCGGGACCUCAAGCCAAAGAAGUCCCAUCAGUCCAACAGAAAGAACAUAAAGAAAAGUUAUAAUUCGUUAUGUUACGUCUCUGGAUAAGUCAUCAUUGCGCAAAUAUGGCGUGCAUUUGAUUUAGUGACUCUGAGACGAAAAAAAAAAUGUGAAUCUCACUAAAUGUUUAGUCUUGCAACAAAACCCUGUUAUUUUACACUUAAUACGGCAUGAUUCCUCCGUUUAAAGUUUUGUUUCUUGCGACGCAAAGACACUCAUGGGAUGUUGGACAACGAGUUGCGACUUGGGACACCUGAAAGCGCGCUCCAAGGUGCCUGUGCUCUUUACCAUGAUCCUCAUAUUCACCUAUUUAUUCUACUGUCUCACCGGAUACUGCGAUUCCAUGCCGAGUGAGCUGUUCGUCCAUCAGAAUUUCAGAAGCAAACCUUUCCCAAAGGAAGCGAAGAAACUCUCGCACUGGAACGGCUCCGUCGUUCGCGAACUGCCCGAGCAGGAUGCGACAGACGUGGAAGAGGAGAAGCGGCAGCGAGGUUUAGCUUAUGACAGCAAUCUCUCCGUGUCAAACAACUUUGGGACCAAAGAGUUUCCUCAGGCAAUUAUUAUCGGCGUGAAAAAGGGAGGAACGCGCGCGCUUCUGGAGUUCCUGCGCGUUCAUCCAGACGUGAGAGCCGUGGGCGCGGAGCCGCACUUCUUCGACAGGUUCUAUGAGAAGGGGCUCCAGUGGUACCGGAAUCUAAUGCCACGUACUUUAGAUGGCCAGAUCACCAUGGAGAAAACACCCAGCUACUUCAUCACCCGUGAAGCAGCGCCCCGCGUCUUCUCCAUGAGCCGCAGCACCAAACUCAUCGUGGUGGUCCGUGACCCCGUGACCCGGGCUGUGUCGGACUACACUCAGACUCUGACCAAAAGCCCCGGCCUGCCGUCCUUCCAGAAUCUGGUCUUCAAGAACUCCACCACUGGUCUGAUCGACACGUCCUGGAGCGCCGUGAGGAUCGGCAUCUAUGCCAAACACCUGGAGCACUGGCUCAGGUAUUUCCCACUCGCGCAGUUUCUUUUUGUGAGCGGGGAGAAGCUGGUGACGGACCCCGCGGGAGAAAUGGGUCGGGUGCAGGAUUUCCUGGGACUCAAACGGGUGGUGACCAAUAAGCACUUCUACUUUAACCAGACUAAAGGCUUCCCCUGCCUCAAAAAGCCAGAAGGAAGCAGCAGACCGCGAUGCCUGGGGAAAUCGAAAGGCAGACCGCAUCCACACAUACCAGCAGAAGUGCUGCACAGACUCAGGGAUUUCUACAGGCCUUUCAACAUGAAGUUCUACCAGAUGACUGGUCAGGACUUUGGCUGGGAAUAAACACUUGCAGGACCCUUUCUGAUAAUGCAGAAAACAAUGAAACUCUUAAUUUAUGACUGAUUGAUAUUGAUUUUCAGUAUCUUCACCCUGAGUACUCGCAGAAAUUACUAGUAAAUUUCACAAUUAAUUACACACACACAAACACACACACACAAAAUGGCAAGUGCAAACAAAGAGAUUACUGGCCACACACUCAAUGUAAUCCAAGCUGAAAAGGGUAUAGCAAAAAUAUAUCUUAUUAUAUAAACAUAAAGUGUACAGUGUAAAUGAAUUCAAAACUAAACCAGCACAAGCAAACAUUUCAGCACAUUGUUUUUUUUUUUUUUUUUUUUUUUUAGUGCUCACAUGACAACUAUUCACCCUUUUUCUGGAUUACUAAUUAGAGAUAAUUAGCUGGAUUCAAUUAACAAUUUAAUUAGGGGGACCUCAAAGAAAAUGUGGCAAUUAAACUAAACCAACAUAUAUACAAGAACAACAAAUAGUAUACAUUUUAUAAGUAUGCAAAUCGUGCAAAAAGUCUUUUUAAGCCAAAUUUCAAUAAUAAAAAUGAUUAAAAAAAAAUAAUAAUAAUACAAAGCCCCACCCCCCACACAAAAAAAUACUUUCAUCAUUGCAUUCUUGCAGAUUAUUGCAUUGAAACAUUUUUAUUUCAUACUGCUCCUCAUCGCAUGCAUUUUUUACAUUUAUUUUACAGUAUAUAUGUGCCUUUUAAAACGCAUUUUACAGUAUACAUGUGCAUUCAAAACGUGCAGUUUACAGUAUAUAUUUGGUUUGCAAAGGAUUCAACUCAGAAUUAUCUCAAACAGUCUGAACAGAAUACCGGCUCUGUGAUGUCUGCUGCUUAAAUGGUCACUUAUUUCAGAUGCCCAUAAUCAUACAGCUCAAAAACACAUUUGUUCUUUGUGAUUUACUGCUGCCAAAAAGAGCAAAAUCUUGGAUGUUCUCAUUCAACCACUCUUAUGUAAUAAACAUGAGACGUGAGGAAAGAAAAGAAAGUGAGCAAUAGACAUAUAACCUUUAUUUCAUGUGUCUUUGCCCAUUAAAAGGAAUUUUCUGCAUCUGCAAGAAAACACAUUUGUUUUAUAAUGUUUACAUAAAAGUGGUUUGAGAUUUUUAUUGUGGACUCUGUGGCUUCGAUUUUGGACCAUGCAUUUCUAAUUCCACAUAUUUUUUUAAUAACAGAUGAUUAUUAAUUUAAUUCUGUAAAGGUGUGUUUCCAUAGUGAAAUAGAGCUAUGUAACCCUUUAAAUAUUUUCUUUUAUUUUUCUCAGAAUCAUUAUUAGAGAUGUUAUACAGGGAUGAAUACUGUACUAUGCAUUAUAUCUGCUGACUGAAAACAAAGUUUUGCUUCUGCUGUAAAUUGCUAUUAUUUAUAUUUAUGAAUGUAAAGAUUUUUUUGAUCUGUCAGUGUCCAAAUAUAUAUUGAAAGCAGCUAGCAGCUUUUUUUUUUCUUCAAACAUUAUAAUAAAUAAACAUGAUAGGAACAGUGUACACAUACAUUUCUUUCAGGACUACUAUCGUCAAAAUGAUUGACACUUAGCAUACAGUUUGGUUUGGCGGUAUGGUUCUGUUCUGGGCAAAAGCUUGUCAUGAAUAUGCAGGGAAAGCAGCAAUAAUAACCCCCAAGGAUAAACAGAACAGAACAAAGAAGAUAUCUCUAAUGC